AUGGCUAGAAAUUUUGAUGAUAUGUUUAAUGAAGCUUUGUAUAGUAAAAAAAGACGGGGAGAUAACACGCUAAUAGAUAAUUGGAUCAAUGAGUGUUUAUUCGAUAAUUCAAAAGAAGAAGAUAUCAAUAAAAGCUCUAUCCCAACUCCUCAUAGAUGGAUCAACACAGAUCGAGAAGCAGGACAUGAUCGCAUUUUCCAAGAUUACUUUGCAGAUGAGCCAGUGAGAAGAGGCUUGUCACCACUCCAAAAAUGCACUGCUGCAAUAUGGAUGCUAGCAUAUGCCAUUGCAGUUGAUGCUAUUGAUGAUUAUGUGUGCAUAGGCGAGAGCACUACCAUUGAAUGCUUGAAAAAAUUUGUUGAAGGUGUCAUUUCGGUGUUCAAGGAUAAAUACUUGCAAAAACCAAAUUUAAAUUUAUGUAUGGUGCCUGCUCAAAAUGGCGGAGGGUCGUGGCUUUCCUGGCAUGUUGGGUAG